CUAUUUAAACUAUUCGUCUUUGACUUUUAGCUCGCUGUUUUACACAUUUUAGCUGUUCAAACUUCUCUGCUCAUUUGCCAGUUUUAUUAAUGCUGCUUAGAAGUGAGAAUUUAUACUGAAUUUACAUGAUAGACAAGAAUAGAAAUGAAUCUGUUGAAAAAUGAAAAAUUACAGUAAAAACCAAUGCACUCUUGAUAAAGUGAUGUAAAUAUGAAUUUUAAUUUGCACAAUCAGGAUUUAGUAAACCGUUCUGCAGGAUUUGACAACAGCAAUAUCUCAGUAUCUUCUGUAAAUGCGUAUAAACUCAUUAACAAUAUAAUUUACAUGAAGUGAGUGAAACGAGGCUCCUUCCAUCUCACACACAGACUCAGUUACAGCAAGCAGCUGCACGUCCAUCAGGUCACAGGUUUCGAGUAAACCGUUGAUGUUACCAUUGAAAUGUUUGGACAGCAGAUAGUUUAUCAUUUGUUCCAGCAAUGAUAAGGUGUGGAAAUUCUUCUCAAACAAAAGGACAAAGGGCAAACGUUUCACACAAUAAAAAAAAAGCAACAAAUGUCUGCGGUGAAAUUAAAGUGGGACAUUCCACUUUCCUGCUUUUAUCUUUUUUUUAUUGUAGAUGUGACCUUUAAACAUCUGCUUAGCCUCGAGAGAAGACGCUCAUUAAGCAAACACAUCAGUCGAAUCCAGAGUGUGGAGAAGCUUCUUUUGCUCUGAGGGUUUACUGGCAGUGUAGCAGGAGAGCUUCGAGGCUGAAAACUCUGUUUGGAUAAAGCUAAACUUGCAUUUUUCUUGUGCGCAACACAGAAACUGAUGAGAGAAAUGCAAUUAAAGACAAUGGAGUUACAGCUUAGUUUGUUAUGUUACUAAUUUCCUUUCCUGAAUUUAUGGUUACUAAACAUGUGUAGGUGUAAAGUUCUUUUAGGAGGGCAGGAGGGUAUGACAAUUUUUUUCAGUUUUUUACCUGCCAGCGUUCAUUUUUAUCUCUGCUUUUUAAACAUUUCCCACAUUGUGUGGCAUGCAUACAAUGUAUUUAUACCAUUACCAUUACAGUAGAACAGGCCGUCACCCCCUGAUCAAACAAGACAAGGGCAGGUUUAUUGUUACAGUCAGUGAACGCAUCAUUGCGUGUAGGCUAGGAGGUAUAGCACAGAUAGGGCUGGAACACUGGUAAAGUGAUCCAUCAGUGUUUUGCAAUGAAUCCUAUCACGUGUGAAUUGCACAAAGACGUACUUCUGGGAAAAAAAAAAAAUCAAUGACUGUCAAACCAUGUAACAUUGUCGCAGAGCACUCGUUGUGUCAGAAACGCCAUAAAUGGUCCAUGCAUCACAGAGAACUUAAAAGAGGAAGUCGCCGGCGUGUUAAAGGCGGCGGUGUUUCCUACAGCAUCAGUCCAGUGUGGCUCCUUGUGUUCGUUGGCCCGUCUGUCGUCCAGCAACAGCAUCAACGCCAUGACCCGUGUGCUGCUCGGAGCCGUGCUGCUGGGAAACCUGGCUGUCACGCUGCAAGUUCCGGCGAUCCUCGCUCCACCCGCCCAGGUGAGGUUUGACUCUGUGGACUAUAAAAACAUCCUGCGCUGGACUCCGCCCACCAGCAGCACCUCCCUGCAGUACUACGUCCAGUGGAAGAUUUAUGGGGAGUCUGAGUGGUUGGAAGUCGACGGCUGUCAGGGGACCCAGAGGCACCAGUGUGACCUGAGCGGCGUGACCUCUGAGCCCAGAGAGUGGUACUACGCCAGGGUGCACGCUUCCUCCCUGCCCUCCAUCAAAUCAGCCUGGACUCUGUCGCCAAGAUUCAGCCCACGCUGGAACACCAAAAUCAGCCCCCCUGUCCUGAGGCUGAACGUCACAGAGCAAGGGAUUGUGGUCCGCGUGAAGCCCCCGAAGCUGCACGUCCGGAAGAUGCACAGCAGUCUGCAAUACAAGAUCUACCUCAUACACACCAGCGGAGAGGAGGUGCUGUUUGAGAUGAGCUGCUGCUCUAACAGGCUGACCCUCAAAGAGCUGAACCACAAGGCCAAAUACUGCCUCCAAGCCCAGACCGUGAUCCCCCUGCAGGCCAAGAGCAGCGCUCGAAGCUCUGCGAAGUGCGUCUCCACGCUCUGAUCGCACAGACAAACCCUACCGACAUGAUACACUGAAUGUCUGGACUCCAUCGGUUCAGCUCUAAUCACCCACCGCUACCUCGACGGCUGUAGCCAUAAACAUCCGUGCCAAUUAAAGUGAUGCACUUUAUUAUUAAAAGCGCUCGGGAUCUGACUGUGUAGGUAAACUUUUCGACUUGAAUGACUUCAUCCUCCUGAACGCUGCAGCUUUUAAAAAAGAAUUCAGUCUGUGAAGGCUUCUUGGAAAUUGACAGAAUGAUCUGAACUCAUCCACUCAUCAGCUCUUUGAGCCACUGAACCUCACCGUCUUCCGCCGAUGAAGGCUGUGAGAUGUGGGUCAAAGCUCUGGAACGAUCUAGUGAGUGAGUUCAGAUUAUAUUGUCCUCUUUUUUUAUUUUGUUUUGUUUUGUUGCUCAUUUUCAAACUUUCACUUCACUUGAAGAGCACAGUGGGGUGAAUAUGAUGUGUCAAUAUGUCUUGUAUUGUCGUAUAUUCUGCAACAACUUUAAUUAGUCAGCACUCACUCAGUCUUACAGGUCUUAUGCAGUGUGUGUGUGCGUGUGUGCGUGUGUGUGUGCGUGUGUGUGUGUGUGUGUGUGCAUGACCAGAGUGUUACCUUUCAUGCAUGCUGAUAUCCUUACUUUUUCCUGUUAAAUGCACAAAAUUAAAUUUAGUUUUGUUUGCUGCUUUGUCAUCUUUUAGCAAAGCGCUUGCUAAAACGCUAUAUAAGAUGUCAGAUUAUCAGGGAGCUUUACUGUGAAUUACUGAGCAGCCGCUGUUCAGAUGCACAACUCUGAGAAUGUGUCGUGCCGGAUUUAUUUGCUGCAUGUGUAAUAUUUCAAAUAAAAGCCACAGACACUUGUCAGUUCUGUCUCACAGGUUUUGAGUUAAUUUGAGUUUAUUUUGUUGAAACUUAAAAUUUAAAAGGCUGGUGUUAUUCUGGAUUUUUCCUAUUGUCAGCCGAUCCCAUGAAAGGAUAAUAAUCAAUAAUGUGUUUAUACUCUCUCCUCAUAGUUUACUAUGUCUGUGGCGCUCAGCCCCAAACCCACUGAUUCCAGCUGAAGACUCAAUACAGCCACAAAUAUAAUCGUUAAAAGUCCUUUUUUAAAAAGGUGAGUAAUUUUCUUAAACAGCUGGGCGCUGUUGUUGUUAACAAACGCACUCAAACAGGACUAAAUAGAGCAUUUGUUGGGGACUACUUUCAGACGUGGAUGAAUACGCAUUUUGUGUGCUAGCCAGUUUUCUAGCAGGAGGAUGGUGAAUGUGGGAUCAUGGCAAUGAAGCAAGUGCAGUUGGUGCAGCACUGAUUAAUGUAAUGUGUAUCAGUAAUGGGUCUGGAAGGGAAUUUGAAAGCAGUAACAUGAUGGGGUAUUUUUAUGUUGUGGUAACGUAAACGUUCUGAGUAUUUCUUCCACCGCUGCUUAAAAUUUAUGAAAAAACAGCAUCUAACAUUUGUGGUGAUUCGGCAUCGACAGAAGAAGAAAAAAGCAGCACUAGUCUUGAUCUCGACUUUAUUCAAAAUGUUGAUAAACUUGAUACUCUUGAUCAAUCAGGCGUGAAAUAACCAAUACUGUAACGAUAACAAAAACCGCUCACUGAAACAGAUGCACUCAAAGCUAAAUCUGACACAUUCAGCGUGACAGACACGUUCAGUGAUCGACAGGAAGUGUUGCACCUAACAGGAAGUCUCGUUGUUUGAUCAGAGGGGGGAGCAGCGCUGCACUGCGCCUCUGAGGUUGUCGAGAAGUUUUCGUACAGAGCAGUUUUUCUUUGUAAGAACUCCUCACUAGCAGCUAGUUCAUUUAGUGGUUUUGGUCCUGAAGUCAGAGAGGCCUUAGUGCUGGUAAAGUUGAAUUUGGUCCCAUAGCCAGAAGCCUGAAUGCACCAUACUGAUGACUAGAAUCACAAAUAUUCUUGCUGCAGUUUGUCAGAUGUAGUGGAAUGUUUUUCUUUGCUGUUAACCUUAAUACACAAAACCUUUUCGUUAACCACGAGCCAACAAAGUUUUGUGACUGUGGACGACAAACUGCAGACUUCAAACUCAAAUACAAUAUUUUGAGGGGAAUGUACAGUACCAGUGCAUUAUGGUAUUUACAAAUUACCCUUAAUUUGUAAAAAAAAAAAAAAACAACGGGUAAAUACAGUGACAUCUUGGCUUGUGAACUGCACCUUUAACAGCUUGAUGAUUAGUAAGGCCUUUACAGUGUUUGCUUGACAGUCAUAAAAUACAGAACAUGGGAUACUUCACAUUCUAAAUCAUAAGAUGCCAUAGUGACACGCAUCAGGAAUCAAUCAUAUUUACACCAUUUGGGAGUUCAUAUCGUGCUGUAAAUGAGCCCUUGUUUCGUCCUUCAAAUUUGGACACAUUUUCUAAUGAACUUCUCAAACAGACUGAAGUAAAACAGCGAUUAAAAAGUUGGGGGGGGGUGUAAUCAUCAGUCAACAAUUACGAGAGAGGGCCCGGGAGUGACCAUGGAAGUAGGUACAGUGUAUAUCCCGCACAGUCUGACCCCCAUACUGUCAAGCUCACAGAGGUCCAGAGAAAAACCUGUUUAACAAAUCAGGAUAAUGAAGCCUUUGUUAAUCCUGAGGAAGCCAUUGAACUGGCUGCAGGUGUACAGUGUGAUAAUGAAGGGGAAACUGUGUCUGCACGCUCUGCAGCCAAGUUCUGUCCUCAAAUGUCUCCAGACAUUCCUGAGAGCUUGAUGAGAUAAAAAUCUGGCUACAAGGGGAAACCGUUAACUUCAUGUGGCUUAAAGAAAAACAAAAAAAACAAACAAAUAGAAACAAGACAAACUUGACUCAACUACACGUCAAACCAAUUAAACGUAACAUUAGAUAUUUAACUAGGUAUACUUAACUAAUAAUGGCAUUGUGGGUGAAAUCUGACACACAGUGGAGCAUUAAAAAAAAAUCAUUUGUUUGCAUAAAUUGUGUGCACAUGAUAAAACUGAAGACAUGAAUUAGACUUAAUGAGAACUUGAAGGCACAGGGUUUAUCUGGUUUACAGUACAGGUAUUGCAGUUUUGUGCUCUAAAUGUUCUUAACAGUGUCUUAAAAUCCUCCCGUGUGGCCACUCCCGGGCUGUGUAGUAAUCCUUCCACGACGUCAGGCUGACAUUAUGCUGUAGGGCUGCACCGAAUAGUCCGAAGCGUUGUUCUGUUUAAACCGGAUAUUUCUGCACAGUUGCAGAUGAAGAUCAGGCUACACUGAUAUGAUUAGUAUUGUAGAAUUAGCCAUAUUCCAGUGGUGGCUGUGUAGGACUGGACCUGACUUGUCUGAUCUAAUGUCCAAUAACUCUCGAGAAUUGGAAAAAAAAAAAAAAAAAAAAAAAAGAGAGAGAGAAAAAAAAAAUUGUUUUUUGAAUGGCUACACAUAUUUUUGUGUUGGCAAAAAUGGCAAAUUAUAUCAUUAAAGAAAGCUGAUUUAAUAAAAAAAACAUAUUCAAUCUGAUGAAUCGCUUUUUUGGGGGUGACGACAUUAUAAAACAUGACAAUGAAGCUUCAUUCGAAAACCACAAAAGCUUCGAAAAACCCCCCAAAAAGACAUUUGGUGCAGCCCUAUCACGCUGUGUCAUUACAGUUCCAGCCAAUCAGAUGUCAUCAAGGGGAUUAGACUCUACAUUUGUUAACUUGGAGUUUUUCCUGACAUGAACACAUGUGGGUGAACUCUGCUGCAGUGUGCUGACUAAAAAAAAAAAACAACCUUUUCUAUAAAUACUCUCGGAACAAUCCACAUUAGCAACACAUGACCACGAUGGGCUUUUAAAAUUUGCUCCGACUCUUAAGGGAAAAGAUUGCUUUGUAGGACUUCCAGUGUUUUUCUACCUGCAUCUCUAAAAUCUUCAGGGUAUUCUGGGAUCCAGAUCCAGUAUGUAACCUGUCCGUAGAACACAAACUGUACUGCAGCAUCGCUGACUUUUACAACAGUCAUAAAACAGCAUAUACGCAAUACAAAACAACUGCCAGCAUUAGGCUGAUGAUGAAUAAAAAGAAAUAUUUACAAACGAGGCAUAAUUAUUUUUUUGUUCAACAUUUUAAGGGUACAUGCAUGCAUGAUUCUCAAGUCAAAAAAAUCUAAAAGCGUGAUCGCACAACUUUGAAACUGACAUGGAAUGUACGUCCUGCUGGUUGCUACGGUAAGGUCAAGUCUCUUCAUAUUAAAUUACCUAUAAAAAUAUAUAUAUAAAUAAAAAGGUGAGGGUAUCGUGUUGCAAAAGCUGCAGCAGCGGUCAACGUUUAGCUGCACCGACAGAACGAGGAAGGUAGAGGGCGACAGAGAGAGAGAUGAGCAAACAAAGGUGGCAGUCGAGCACCGAGGGAUGAGAGGAAGAGCUGCUGAUCCAGCUCUGGAAUGUUCUGUUCAGGUUUCAGAACUGUGUGUGUGUGUGUGUGUGUUACAGAGUGAGACGAGGCAGUGUGUACGGCCUCACACAUUAAAAGGCCGUUCUCAAACCGGGAGGGUGCACACUCUAGAGCUGCUGUGACACAGAUGUCUUCUCGAAGUCUCAGACUUGGUUACGCUCUAGAACACUGACUCACUAUGUUCUAGAACUAAGACAAAGCUGGGUUCUAUGUUAUAGAACUUUGAAAAAAAACAAACAAGGCAGCCUGGUUCGAAACCCUCCAGGAGUUUGAGGCCACGCUCUAGAUUGUAUAGAAAGAACUGUGACCACAGCAGAUCACUUCUCAAGAGAGGAACUCUUUCUCCAGCUCGAAGACCGAGGGCCGUGCCGGGGAGCUCUGAAUGCGGCACAGCGGCACGGUGCAGUCUCGUUUCUGGCCCUCUGUGUCCAUGUCCAGCAGGGAGCAGCCCACCCCCACCUCCGAGGACAGCACUACGUUCAGGUUUUGUGCCGUCUUCUCUCCGGAGUAGUGGCCCAGGGAGUAGCUCUUGUUGCGUCCUCGCAGCAGGGCCCAGGCGUGGGGUUUGGCCCGGAACGACACCGGUCGUGGUCUGGAGAAGGCCUCACCACCAGAGGACUUCUCUGAUGCUCCGUCCUUCUCUUUCUCCUGCUUCUUCUGUGUGGCUGGAGGAGGCAGAGUGGGGGGGCCAUUAGCUGGAAACAGACAGGAAAAAUAGUUUUACAGACUGUUUACUAUAAAUGCUUACUUCCCUUAGCCUCCCGUGUUUUGCGUUACUCACUGUUGUGGUUGGUGGUGUAUUUCUUCCUGCGCAGACGUGUUCCUGUGUUGUGGUUGCUCUGCUCCGGUGGCUGGCUUUGGGUUUGCACUGGUGUCUGUGUGUUAGCUGCAGUCCUGUUACUCUGGCCCUCUGUAGAAGCUGCUGGACUGGGUCUGGGUGGCUCUGUGUGAUGAUUGACAGCCAUGAGCUCGACCUUCCCUGGGCUGGACUCUGACACCUCCGCCUCAGACUGUAAGAGGCACUUGGUGGAGUUGCAUUCCAUUAUGGCUGACAUGGAGAUGAGAUUGACCGGUUGGGUGGAGGUGUGGUUUGAUGACGCCUCGUCUUUGCGGGAGCGACCACUUGGCGGCGAGGUGCUGCGGCGGAACCGGGUCGCACGCUGAAACAGGCCCUCCUUCUUCUUCCUCUCUUUCUCCUCACGCGGGGGCUCGCAAUCGUCCCCAGGGGCUGCAUUUUUGAGAGCCUCCCUAAUGUCAUAACCAAGCACGACUGAAGCCAGCAACGAGCCGCAGCCAUACAGCACGGAGUCAGUCUUGCGGCGAGCCGGCGUCCGCUUCAGGCUGUUGGUGGGGGUGAGCUGCGGGGUGGUGGAGGUGGACGAGGUGGACGUGGUGGUGUAGGGGUCGUCUGCGGUCUCCGGUGAGCCACCCUGACCUCCUGCCCCGACCCCUGGAUCUCCCGGCCCGCAAUGCCCGCCGGGGCUCUGAGGCUGCUGCUCGUCCCUCCACAGAGGUAGAUCGAUGUACACCUGGUUGGGGAACUUGAGCUGCUUUGGCUUGGAGCUGCUGUCAGGACAUUCCUGGGAGAACGCCUCGUCUUUACCGGCACCAGCUGAAAACACACACAUUAUAAACACAUGACAGAUCCUCCUUCCCCAUACGAGCAGCACUGGUUACACUGCACUGUACCUGCCACUUGACGACAAAUAACCCUGAAGGGUAAAAUGAGGACAUUCAACCCCGUUUUAAAUCUUAUGAGUAAACAAGCACUCAGAUUUAAGUCUGUUCAGCAACAGUUCUUAGUCACUUUAGACAAAAUGUCAUGCCAUGACAGUAAUUAAUUAAAUAUGAAACAAAUAUGCUUAACAUAAAUAAACACACAUAUACACAUUUUAAAAUAUACAGCAUCACAGUGGAUUUUCAGCUCACCUUGUUCAGCAAACAGGGCAGCCAGGGGGACAGACUUCUGGGACUUGACCAGGCUGGUGGACCAGGGGUUACUGCCGUCUGACAGAGGACGCACUCUGAAAACGACAGACAUCAUAAAUACUCAAGGCAAAUAGAAAUUCUACCAGUCAGUAGAUGUUCCUGUGGAGCAACGCACAGACUCGAGAUGGUGCUGUUGACUGAGUGGGUCUCAGGAUGCAGUGAGGCCGACAUUAUCUUUGAGCUGGUUAUGCAGAGGGUCUGUGUUACUAUGCACCAGAGCUAACAGAGGAUUUCAAAGUUC